AUGAUUGCUCCUCCACCUGGUAAAUUCGUGAUCUACAUCAAGUACUUCGACGUCGGUUAUUGUCUGCCAUCUUCUGACUUUCUUUUGGAACUUUUGGAUCAUCAUAAGAUCCAUAUUGAUCAACUUGUUCCCUUUGAGAUGUUAUGUUGGUGUAAUGGGAUAGUGUCUGAUCUCUGGGUGUUCCGAUAUAUUUUUUUCCGCCUAUCUACUUUAGCUAUUGGAGAUAACUAUACUUUCUGUGUGAGGAAGUAUAUUCAGAUCCUGGUAAUAGAUCGGAAAGGUUCUCCCAAUAACUGGCAAAACCCUUGUCUCCGAGUUUAUAGUGAGCGGCUUGGUUGCAUGUUCUGUUGUUUUAAAUCUUCAUCUGAUAUUGUGAUCGAUAUGUUCCCUGAGAAGGAGAAUGUUGCUAAAGUUCUGAGGAGCUUCAAGGUUGUUGCGGAUGAUUUCCCCGAGGAAGUUGCUUUGGUAGAUAAGGCGCUUCCUUCUUUUUACUUUCAAACUGAGCAGUUUAUUGCUCGGGCUACUGUUGUUCAGGAGGCUGAACGUUUGGCUGUCGGGGUGUCAUGUACUAAUGCUCUGGAGGCCAUUCUUUAUGAGGGUUUUGUGGAAGGUGCUUCUAAAUUUGAUUCUGUUGAGGAUAGCAAAGAGGGUGUAUUAACUGUGCUAUGGAGUUUGGGUGACAAUGUUAGGAUUUUUGUGUUCUUUGUGGCUAAGGAGUAUAUUCGACAUGUGUUUCCUCCUGGUAUUGUGGAGGAAAUGUCUAGCUACCCUUUGGCAGAUGUCAUCGGUCCUCUGCGUUUUCUUGCGGCGCAGAGUUCUUGUUUUUUAGUUGAGGCAACUAGGCAACUCCAGGAAUUUGUUAAGGUGACUGCUACAGAGAAGGCUAAUCUGGAGGAAAGGGUGGCAUAUUGCGAACAGGAAAAUACCUAUGUGAAGGAGUUAGCUGAGAAGGUAAGGCAAGAAAAUGAGGGUUUGGUUAUCCAACUUGAAUGUGUUGAGAGAGAUGUCGUAGAGCAUGAUCGCCUUGUAGUUGAGAAAACUGUUGCCCUAGAGGAGGCUCGUCGGGAUCGACAAUGGUUGUUAAUUGAAGGUGUUGUUGGUGUCAUUGACAAGGUUUUGGAUAGUCUUGAAUUUGUGUCUGGGGUUAAUCGUUUUCAGGGUGCCUGUUUAGAUGGGGAUUGCCAGGAGGGGCGAAGAGCUUAUCGAGAGGCACUGAUGGCUGGAAAUGUGAAUAUGGAGGAUGAGAAUUUUGAAGUUGAUUUCUCGGAUGAUAUGAACAGGGCGAUUGAGCUAUUUUCUACUCUGAUUUCACCUCCUUAUUCCACCUAG